UCAUUUAAUUAUCUCAUUCACAAAACCAAUAACUCCUCAGCAGGGCACUUCCGAAGAAUAUUAUCAAAAUGUACCGCAAUUUGGCACAUAAAGACAACCCAGUCAGCCCAGACUGGCUAAUUUGAUGAACUAUUUUAUCUAUGUAGGCUGCUUUUAUUGAAUCUCCAUUUAGAGGUCAGACGGCACUAAAUCUGGAGCUGCAGCCUGCUCCAGCUGACUGAUGGGACUCAGACGUGAAUAUUAGGAGGGCGUGGCCAGUAAUCAAAGCACCAGUUUCCAGGGAGGGCUCGCGCGUCCUCUCUCUCCCAGUCAGAGUGUGUCAGCGGGACCUGAGAGCCGCGCGCGCAGGACAGGAGCGGAGCAGCUGGAUAAGACGCACCGGAUCGGCGCAUGUAUACUCUCAGACAUUUUCCUGUGAUUCUGCCCCGUCUCUUACCGGAGGCUUGAUGCGAUCCGCACCUGCAUCUGGCGCACACCCCUGACCGAUAAACCAUGGACAGUCUGGGCAGCCGCUGUAAGAUCGUGGUGGUUGGGGACACACAAUGUGGGAAGACUGCGCUUCUGCACGUUUUUGCCAAGGACUGCUAUCCAGAGAACUACGUGCCCACUGUAUUUGAGAACUACACAGCCAGCUUUGAGAUCGAGAAACAUCGGAUUGAGCUCAAUAUGUGGGACACAUCAGGUUCGUCUUAUUACGACAACGUGAGGCCGCUGGCGUAUCCUGACUCGGAUGCGGUGCUCAUCUGCUUCGACAUCAGCCGCCCUGAGACUCUGGACAGUGUCAUAAAGAAGUGGCAGGGGGAGACGCAGGAGUUCUGCCCCAACGCCAAAGUUGUCCUUGUCGGCUGUAAGCUGGACAUGAGGACUGACGUCAACACCCUGAGGGAGCUCUCCAAGCAGAGGCUCAUUCCCGUCACCCAUGAACAGGGCAGCACAAUAGCCCGACAGGUGGGUGCAGUGGCCUACAUCGAGUGUACCUCCAAGGUUUCUGAAAACAGUGUCCGGGACGUGUUCCACGUGACCACGCUGGCAUCCGUGCAGCGGCCACACAAGCCACAGUUAAAACGUAGCAGUUCCCGCAGAGGCCUGAAGCGAGUUUCACAGCUGCCCCUGCCUCCACUGCCGGGCCGGACUGAACAGAUGGACCAAGCCCCGGCCAUGAGGAAGGACCGGGCCAAGAGCUGUGUGCUCAUGUAGAGACCCAUUAUUACAAAUAUAAAUAUAUGUAAAUACAAAAACACAGAAUAUAUAACAGAGGAGGUCUAUUUAUUGUUCUUUUUUCUUGUAUUUUGAGUUUUUGCACUGCAGAGGAGUGAGGAGGAAACAAAACGCUGCGCUGUGGAAAGAAAUGUUUUGGAUUAUUUUUUCCCGUUUAUUUUUUUGCUGCGUGUGCAUAUUUUCCAAGCUGUUCCAAGCUGAUAUUUGUGUUGUUUUGAAAUGAUGACAAAUUGGACAAAACCUCUGGAUGUGAUAGUGGAAGUGCUGCCUGUAGUCCUUGGUAUUAGAAAGGAAUUAAUUUCUUGAAGCAGCUCAAAGAAGAGGAAGACAUCAAGGAGAGAGAAGCACGUUGAAGCAGGACAUCUGUGGAUGAAGCUUGUUUUCAGAGGCGUCGUUCCUCUGCAAACAUGAUCACCGACUUUCUAUCUGUGCUGUUUAAAGUUUCUUCCUGUUGCCAUAUGUGAGAGGCAAACCUGUAUGUACAGAAAUGCUGAAAAGGGAUUUUAGAAAUAAGAGGAAUGAUUGCUCAAACCAAACAUUAAGAGCUGGAAAUGAGAUUUUGUAACAGAAAUAUUGUGAAGGUCUGUGUGAGCAUUACUACCACAAGUGCAUUUUUAAAAAAACACAACAUAUCUGGUUAUUUUACUUUCAUUUAAGACUUUUUUUUCCUCAUCAACUCCGACUGUGUCAGUUUGAUUCACUAAAGUUAAAGCUGUUGUUGCUAUUUUAAAGAUGUUUCUUUGUGGAAAAUAAAGUGGUAAAAUGUUA